AUGCCUUUUGACGACCUCGACCUGGCAAACUUCGCCGGGACGAUCCAAGAGGAGUCCCAGGAGGAGAAGCAGGAGACACACGAGGAGGAGCAGGAUGACCUCAUUUCCAAGGCGAUCUGUGCAGCGGUGUCCGAAUGUGACUUCAGUGUCGCAAUUGCAGAUCCGACCGGUCUGGAUUUCGAGCUCAUAGCGGUCUCUGAGGAGUUUCAUCGCCUGACGGGCUAUUCCCCGGAGGAGUCAAUUGGUGAGAACUGCCGCUUCCUUAGCGAGGGCUGCCCACAAGUCGCUGGCCUGUCACUGCGAGAGGCUUGCGAAACUGGAGCGCCAUUCACAUCAGUCAUUGUCAACCGGCGGAAAUCAGGCGAAUUCUUCUUAAAUCUCCUGACCAUGCGUGGCCUUAUCCUGGCUACGGAUGCUGUGAACGGUAAGGAGAUUUGGAUUCUCGUUGCUGUGCAGCGGGACGUGUCCAUGCUGCCCGGCACGGACUUGCCAAGCAACGAAGCAUUAAUGCUGAAGGUGGCGAGUCGCAUAAGCCGGCGACUCUUUAAAUAUGCCACUGAGCUGGGUAUUGCAAGUCUAAUUCAGCCUUCCCAAGCGAAAGUCACCAAUGGCGACUUGAAUGGCAGAGGGAAGUGGGCUGGCAUGCAGAUGCUGGCGGAAGUGACUUGGAAAAGCGGAGAGCAGAUGGGGCAGCCUCCGCUCGAUGCGCUGAAGUCCCUUCCUGCUGACUUCGUUGAGUUACGCGGGCCGGUGGAGGGCAAAGAAAACUCCGAGGUUGCGCAGCUGGACGCCAAGCCGAGCGCGCGCUCACUGCACUGGCCCAUCGUUGCUGGCUCCGCUCUUAUGCUGCUCCUACUUUUCCAGCAGGUGCGACGAAGUGUGUCUCGUUGA